AUCUUUCUCCCUCUCUACCCUAUUCUCUCUCUCUCUAUCUCUCUCUAAAGAUAGAAGAGAGACACUUCUCCAAUCGCUCUCAACGCGUGUUACCGUCGUCUCCCUCUCCUCUUUACUUCGUUUCUUCUCUUCCCAUGUAAUUAAUCACGCGGUCAAACCACACAAAAAGGAACAUCAAUUUCUCAUUCAACGGCCCCCCCCCCCCCCCUGCUUUCUCAGUGAAACAGCGUCGAAGUCGAGAAGUGUUGGAUCGGAAUAUAUUAACAUGAUGGACAUAGCGUAUCAGCCGUAUAUCGACCCGAUUUACGAGUCUCUCAUCGAAAGAAUUCAUCCUCCAAGGGUUUGCAUCGACAACGACACCUGCCAAGACUGCACCAUUGUGAAGGUGGAUAGUGCGAACAAGCACGGGAUCCUGCUGGAAAUGGUACAGGUGCUGACAGAUCUCGAUCUCGUGAUCUCCAAAUCUUACAUCUCGUCGGACGGUGGAUGGCUCAUGGAUGUGUUUCACGUGACGGAUCAGCUUGGCAACAAACUCACCGAUGAAAGCCUCAUCCUUUACAUUCAACAGGCGCUUUGUGCAACUAGGAGGGAAAACCUCUCUAAAGAGCCCUUAGCCAAGAGAGACCAGUUUAAGUCCCGCCACUUGUCAACCAAGCACACGGUCCUCGAGAUGACUGGCACAGACCGGCCCGGGCUGCUCUCUGAGAUCUCGGCCACGCUGACGGAGCUGGAGUGCCACAUCGUGGCUGCAGUGGUUUGGACACACAAUGGCCGGACCGCGUGUGUGAUAUAUGUGAAGGACGAGGCGAAGCUGGGUGGACCCAUCACUGACCCGGAGCACCUGGCCCGCAUAGAGGAGCAGCUUGAGAAUGUGGUGGAAGCCCACCACGGUAGAGGCGAGCGGCGUAGCGUGAGGCUCACAGCCCCUGCAGCGGGGCGCACGCACACUGAGCGGAGGCUUCACCAGCUCAUGUUCACUGACAAGGACUAUGAGCAGUGUGGGUGUCACUGUGAGGAUUCCUCUCGCUUGCAGGAAUGUCCAGGACCGCAUAUAUCGAUCGAGGGUUGGAAGGAGAAGGGCUACUCUGUAGUCAACAUCAAGAGUAGGGACCGACCAAAGCUGUUGUUCGACACCAUUUGUGUGCUAACUGACAUGGAGUAUGUGGUGUCCCAUGCUGCUGUGAUGUCCGAGGGUAUCAUGGCCAAUCAAGAGUAUUUCAUAAGGCACAGGGAUGGCUGCACCUUGGAUGGAGAAUGUGAGAAGCGUAAACUUACAGAGUGCCUUAUUGCCGCUAUCAAGCGGAGAGUCUCUCACGGGCUUAGGCUGGAUGUCAGCACGCAUAACAAGAGAGGACUGCUGUCUGAUGUCACGCGAGUGAUUCGGGAGAGUGGGUUGUCAAUAACAAGGGCAGAAGUUCGAACUCAGGGGGAGAGAGCGAUUGGUUCAUUCUAUGUGACUGAUGCUGCAGGGCAGGAGGUCGACCCGGGCACCGUGGAGCUGAUCAGGAAAGAGAUUGGAGGAUCGGCCCUGAUAGUUAGCAAGUCAUCCCGGUGGAGCACUCCUCGACUGUCAUCAGCUAGCAGCAUCAGCAGAAGCGGGAGCAAUAGCAGCAUAGAAGAUCAUAAGCCGAGGUUAUCACUAGGGGGACUCAUAUGGUCGAAGCUUGAGCGACUCUCAAGCAACUUCAGUCCCAUAAAGUUAUAGGACAGACACAGAGUGGGAGGAUAUCUUGAUCGACCAUAGGUGAAAACAUCGUCUAAAUCAGGAGCACGUUGUUCACCAGAGUUCAAUGCUGCCCGCAGCGUCGUGUGAUAUAGUGGGAGAAUUCACUCGGGUGCACCAAAAGUUUGCCUGAAUUUGUAAAUAAAUAGCAUUGCAAUAUAAAAGAUAGUUAAUUGUUAUGAUUGUGUCAAUUGUCAAAGCAUGGGUAGGGUCCUACAUUAGGCUUGUUU